AUGUCUAGUAAGGAUAUGCAAAACCUUCCACCACUUCCAGAUAUGCAAAGCUUUCCACCACUUGCAGAUAUGCAAAACCUUCUACCACUUCUUCCAGAUAUGCAAAACCUUGUAGAACUUGCAGAUAUGAUAAGCUUUCCAGUACCUCCAGAAAUGCAAAACCUGCCACCUCUAGAUAUGAAAGACUAUCCACCACCUCCAGAUAUGAAAACAUUCGUGGAGACGACGGCACAAGAAGAUGUCGGAGCUAAUCAUCACGAUGCUACUGAGAAGAAGAAAGUUGUUGUACUUGAGCCUCUUACCGAAUACUAUAGAGCUAAUCUUGAUGAUGAUGAUUAUGAUGAUGAUGAUGAUGGUAAAGUUUGUCUGCCUGAUCUCCUGGAAGUCAGACUUCCUAAAGGGAUGAAGCGCAAGGAGUUUGAGACUAUGAAGCUCACAGCGCAGUUAGCAGCUUGGUAUGGUAACCGUUUUUGGCUGCCUUUGAGAAAAAGAGGAGCUGGGUUUGAGUUUACCAAUCAAGAUAAUCGCUACUUCCCACGUUUCUUUCGGUUUGUUCUCGAGUAUUCCAUAGUAUUUCCGCCCCCUAAAGAUUUGGAAGAAAAGAUGAGCAACAGUGACGCUUAUGCAGCAGCCGUUCAGGAUGGUUUUUUCCUUCUUCUUCAGAUGACUUCUCUCCAGGCGUUUCGAUGGUGGGAAGGAGGGGUGAUGUCAUUGGUUAAUUGGCAUGCUUCUCUUGAGAAAGAUUUUGCUAACAUGGAGCAUGAUGAUGAUGAACCUGAGCCAAAGACAAAGACACACACGUUUGAUGAACCAGCCACCCUUGUUCCGAAAGACCAGUUUGAUCUUGCUCAACACCCGGGUUCAGCUCCAAUCAAGGUUUCUGUUUCCAAUGCCUUUGACAUCACACUGCAGUCAUUAUCGCAAAAUGUGGCGACUUUGAAGGAGAAAAUAGCUGCGGCGAUCCAAAUUCCACCACACAGGAGGUUGAAGUUAACUGGAAAAGCCGGGGUGUUAGAGGACGACAACAUGUCACUUGCACAUUACAAUGUGGAAGCAGGAGACAACCUUACUCUGUCCUUGUGUGAGAGCGAGAGAGAUCGGUACGGACAUGUUGUUUCAAAUCUUUCUUUUAAAUAAUUCUUGUUAAGUUUGUGUUUGGAUAUUGGCAGAUUGUUCUUUGUUUUU